CAUAUAAAUCCGACCGUUGUAUGCUGUUCUUCGAUAUUCCUUGUUCUUAUUUGGAUAUUUAUUUUUUAUCAUUUUCUUUGCAUACACGGUCGUAGAUAUUAUAUGGAACAAAUUGCGGUAAACGCUUUUCUGGCCUGUCUUAGUAACCAUAGUUACCAUGCUAACCAAAGUCACACAAAUUAUCGCAUAAUUAUUUAGCUCCAACAUCAAAGUAUUAAAUCUUACCUUAGACAUGUAAAACGCUUGAUAAUUGACGAAAUAUAAUCAAUUGAAUUAUAUUUUCAUUAUCGCCCGCCAUGUUGCUGAAUGUUGUUUCCGGUAGUCUAAAUGUAUAACAUGUAUCGAAACGGAAUCAUAAUUAUUUAUUACACAGAGAUCGAUUCCAAAGCCGUUCUCUGCUACUUAUUACUUUUCUCAUUUUGACACAAUAACUUUUCCAAAUAAACGACACUGCUUCCCUCUCAACUGAAUAUUCGUGUAACAAAAUGUUAUGAUUUCAAUUCAUAUCUGGUAUGUGAAUACUAAUAAGCAUGGCAAAAUGAAAAAAUUUUAAAAUUCACAUGCUUAUAUUUCUUCAAUUAAAAAACGUUUUACGUGUUUCAGAGUGUAUCUAUACUACAUGACUGUCAUGCUAAGAGAGGAAAGCAUCAGUUCACCUGCUAGAAUUCAACACUCUUACCCUAAAUCAGGAAGUGGUUUUGCACCAAGGAUUCACUUCUCUCCCCUUAGAACAAAAAACAAACCAAAAGCAGUGAGAUUACAGAGUUCUAUCAAAGUGACUUUUAUUAACAACACUCAUGGUCUGUCUUCUCCAUAUGCAUAUUUCAACACUCACAGUCCAAGCAAGCUCCCAACACUUAUUCCUUCACUCUACAUAGAGCAAGAUGAUGAACUAAACAAGUGUAAACUCAUCAAUAAAUUAUCCAAAGAGCAACACCAAACUGCUCUGUCCUUUAUCAUGGAACAAACUGAUAUUAUUAAUGAAGCUAGGCCAGCCUUUGCAGGGUCAAUUGAUGAGAGUAGUGAGAGUCUUGAUGGUGAAUACUCAAAUACAGAUCUGGCAUCGGAAAGGAAGUCAAAAUCAAAGGCAUUGGAGACAAUUAAGAGACAAAGGGGUCUAACUUAUGAAGAGAGACAAGACGUAAUUGACAAGAUAGACAAGCAAGAGAUCAUUAAAACGUUGCAAAAUGCAGAUGUACCGAUUAUCAAUUUGAACAGGAUGAAAGUGAACUCUGGGGAUGUACAUAUUGGAGAAGGGCCGCUAAAACUGUCAAAGUCUGAAACAAAUUAUGGCAUAGAGCGAGUCAUUUGUGAUCACCUUCUCAAAGACAAAAGACCCAUUCCAUCAAUCGUAGAAAUAAGUCUAUUGUCCUCUGAUUCUGAAAUUUCAGAAAAUGAAGAGCCAGGCAAACAAGCACCUCCAGCUAGUGAUAAUGUUCCAAAGAAUCCGGUGGUAUCCCCAACUGGGAACCAGCCACAAUGUAUCACUAAAGUUGUAAAGAAAACAUUGGGAUCUCAGAUUGGCCACCAACAAUCAAAAAGCGAUAAAUGUGAAAUUGAGGAAACAUUGGUCUCCCAACCAUCUAGUCAUUGUAAAGGUCCAAAACAGAAACUGACCAUGAAAACCUUACAAUCGAUCAAGCAGACUAAACCUGAGAAAACAGCAAGAUUAAAGAAGUUCAGAAAGAAAUGUAAAUCUAACAUUGACAUACAGGUAGCAGAUGUAGCCCAGUUUGCCCAAACAGGUGCUAAAGAUGAUUUGUGUAAUACCAAAGUUAAGAAGAGAAUGAUCAAGAAAAAGAAAGUCCCACCUGAUGAUGUAUCAGACAAAAAACAGUGUGCUGGUUUGGCUGACUCAAAUGAAACUACCAUGCCCAUUAUCAACAAAGCAAUAAAUGAAACAGAAAACUUGCUUGGAGAAGAGAACCUAUGUGAUAACACUAGUACUACCAUAACCAAAGUGCUCAAAACAAAAUUUGAUAAAAGGAAAUCCCACCAAGAUAACAUUCAAGAAUCCUCAGAUGAGAAAGUUGAAUCGGCUGUCUCUGUUGAGAAAAUGGAGUCAGAAGAAUCAAUUCCACCCAGUGUUAAAGAACUACCAAACAGUUGUGAAUCUCUUGGGAUUGGUGCCAUUGUCUGGGGAAAAGUUGGCAAGACUAAUUUCUGGCCUGGAAUGAUAAUUGAUAUUGGAUUCGCCCCCGGUGUCACAGCCCUAAAGGAAGGCUAUCAGUUGAUAUUCUGGUAUGGAGAUUAUAAAGUGUCAUGGGUUAUUAAAAAUCAAAUAUUCCCAUUUGAGACAGCAUUUUUGAAGUACUGGAAACAUGGAAUUGGACAAAGACGCAAAAACAGACAAGGGCAUUUCUAUAAAGCAGCAAUUGAGGCCAUAGUUGAGGCAGCUAAAAGGCGGGACAACCAUAUAGUUAAGAGUGCAGACAAUGAUUCUAGUGCCAUGUUAGAUUGGGCAAUGGCUGGGUUCCCAAGCAGCAAUGAAAGCUUGUCACUGACAGCAAAUAAAGUUGCUGGUGUUUCUGACUUUGUCCUUGGGUUACUCAAGCCACAACCUGACAGUUCCUCAUAAUAAGAUGUGAUUUUCAUCAAGGUGCUAGUGUUGUCGCAAUGUGCCAUAAUCGUACUUCCAGUAAUGGUGUGUGAAAACAAACGUAAAAUAUUGGAUGUCAUCGGUUCAUUUCUAUAAGCUAAAACAUUUAAAAAGUGCAAACAUAUCAGAGAACAUUGCAAAAUGAA